UAUAGUCCAUAUAACAUUUCCUAUGCAAAGGCUGAUCGAAAUAAACGUUAUGGUAAUUGAGCGAACGAAAGAAACGAAUCGUGCGAAGCGGAAUGAAAACCGAGAGAUAAACGAAGUGCACCAAUACAUUCAGCUCUUCAGUUCCACUUCUUGCACAGACCAGAUUGGUAUGUGCCUGUUCAUUUGCUGUCCCUGCGUUUGCAUUCCCUACUGUUCAAUUGCCCCAACUGUGGAUCGUUCAUCGUAACUUACAGAAAGUAAAAGCUCUCUGCCGUUACUUUAGUGAGCUUUCCGACCACCUUUGCAGCUUGUAACACUUAAGGUAUGGUAGCGCCACUAUUGGUGGAGUGCCGGGAUUUGCAACUAGAUAUAUAAAAACAAAUACAGCAGAAAUGUAUAGCUCCCGUACAGUAGCCCGGAUUACACUACUUUUUAAUGUGGUAGUUUUCGAUUACUAAACAUUGUGAAACACAACCUCGGUUGGUGUUGGUUUAACCAAUCAGAGCAGGACACGUUGGAAUUCUGAAUUUAUUUCUCGUAUACGAAGUGGCAAACGAUAUUAUUCAUAUGAGUCAGGGUUAUUCCUGUUAGACCUGUGCGAGUGAUCAGAUCGUCAAGCCUAAUCGUCAAGUCAAAGUUAUACCCAAGUGUGCUAUAUUGUUCAUACCGAGUGUGCUAUUCUAUAUAAGUCUAGAAGUGAUAAUACGCGUGAUAGCUUUCUUUGUUUUAUAAAGGAUCAUUGACAGACGAGCCGGAUUCUGAUACUUCGCGAAAUCUCCUAUCCGUGUUUCUUCAUAUCCGCGAUACACCCAGUACUGUAAUCGUAACAUAAUAACAGGGAAAUAAUGGAGCCCACCAAGGACCCAUUGGCCUAUGCAUGGGGUGGCAAUACUGGAAAUCAUGGCAACAAAUACAAAGAAGAUUUAACGUUGGUGCUGUUUGAGCGAGCAUCUUUCGGGAAAUCAGAAUUCAAACUUGCCUCAGAAAUGAAGGACGCUGGAAAAUUUGAUGGCGUAGUCAUAAUUUUCGAAGAACAGGAGGAAAUGUGGUUAAUUCAAACCAAACACAAAGGCAGCUCAGGUGAUACAAAACCAUUAUCGUUCGACAAUUUUUUUCCGAAGAUGUUCAAGGAUAAUCAAGAUUUUGCUCUUGUGAAGUACAUACAGUCAUAUUUAGAUGUCAUUCAAAAAGAUGUAUUCAAGAAGUAUAAGAAACGAUUUUUUAUCCUAACCAAUAAAUCAUUAGACGUUAGCGAUGAAAAGCUUAAGGAAUUGGUGGACAUCGAGAUCUGUGAACAAAGUGAAGUGAACCCAAUAAUGAAGUUAGCUAAAUCCGACAAUUGCUACAUAAGAUUCAGACCAAAAGAGGAUAACAUUGAAGAAUUACUGAAUUUGAUGAACACCGAAAUAACUGCCAUUAGGGAUGCAAUCAUUGAACUCUUCAAAAGUGGAAAAGUUUCGGACAUACUGACAAAGUACAAAACACAAUUGCAGAAGAUCCUGACAGUUUCAUGUGGAAAUCUAAAGUUCACCGAUAAUUUCUUAAACCAUCAGGUCAAUACCUCCCAUCUAUGGUUGUACAAUGAGCUACGAAAUAAGAUUCAUAAAAAAUCAACGGUAAACAUAGAAACAAAUCAAGCGAUUCAAAAUCUGAUGAAAGGUAAAUCUAGGGACACACAACUACCUCUAUAUAUAAAUGAAGAACGCGUGAGCAAGUUCUUUCAGCAUCUAACUUUCUGUGUAGACCAACCAAAUGAUCUAAUGACAACCGUCAAGGAUGAUCUUCGCUCAUGGAUGAGAACUUGGAUUCUACCGGACAAUCUUGGCAAAGCACAAUUAGAGCUGCCUUUCUUUAAAUUUUAUCAAUGUUUUAAAGAUUGGAUCAAUCUUAGUAGUGACAAGCAUACACAAAAGAUUUACUUAACUGGAGCCGAGGGACGUAAGUGUGUCAAAGACAUAACGGAAGAACUGAGUCAUAAUUUAUCACAACGUGAAAGCGAGUACAUAGGAAGAAAAUUAAUUGCAAAUAAUCAUAUUGUAAGCGACCAUGAUUUCAUCAAACGAUUAAUAGACGACCCAGAAGAGAGCAAAUUUUCUCUCUUCAUCGGAGAGCCUGGUAUGGGAAAAACAACUAUCCUCCAAUACAUUGCCUUCGAAGUUCAAAAGAAAUCCGAUAUUGAUGUGUUCUUGAUAUAUUUGAAUAACCUACAGGAAAUGCUCAAAACGGGCUGUGAAAACUUAGAAACGGUUUACACAAUUCUUAAACCGACUCUUUCAAAAACAAGCUUGACAAUAUUAAAAAACAAUCUAGAAAGCAACGCAAAUCGGUCUAUAAUCAUAUUUGAUGGGUUCGAUGAGAUCACUUUUCAUGACGAGGCAAUCGCCAUGUUUAAGCAAAUAUUGUCAAAGAAGAAUAAUCGAGUGAUUGUAAGUGGAAGAUAUCAUGUCAAAUGUAUUCUUGAAACAACUUUUAGAAUAGGGGCAAUCAGAUUGAUUCCAUUUGAAAAAGAUGCACAAAUGAUGUUUUUGAAAAAUUCAUGGAAAGCUUCCGAUGAUUCAAUGGAAUUUAAAAUUUAUUCAACUCAAUUGCUCGAAAAAAUAUACUCGGACAUAACAAGCGAUGAGUAUGAAUUCUUUGGAAAUCCACUUAUGAUUCGAUUGUUGGCGGAAGCAUAUUCUGAUGAUUUCCAACAAUAUGUAAAUACUGUUCCAUAUAAACGUGUACAAUAUAUUUUCGCGGCAAAAAAUUUUAAUGUUGUCUCAUUGUUUAAAAAGUUUGUGCAGUUUUCGUUUCAAAUAAAAUGGAAGAAAAAUAGAUACCAAGAUGCCUACCAAAAUUUUGACAUGCAAAGUAAUGAAGAAGAGAAGCGUCAGUUGAAAUACUUUAUUAUUGAGCAUCAAAUAGUUGCCUGCCAUCAGAUUAUUUGGCAUAGCCAUCAGAAAGUAAUCACAUCGGCUGAACACGAAAAACUUUACAAUGACCUCCAAAUAAGAAUCAAAAAAGGAAAAGAGCGCUCUCCUCUAUUUAAUAUUUCCGAUGGCAAUAUUAGAUUCAUACACUUAUCCUUUGCCAAAUUUUUUGCUGCGAUGUAUAUAUAUGAUUAUAUCCAAAACUGCAAAGCAAUUUUGUACGAAACACUUGUGGAUCAUGAAACAGUCCGAAGAUUUUUUUUUAAGCUAACUGAAGAACAGUAUUCACAACAAUCAGAGCAAAUGAUUGUUCUGAGCGAUAUUUGUAAAAAAAAAGCUGAGGUUGCAUUCUGGGCAUGUGAAGCAAGUUCAUUAAAAGUGUUAAGGGAACUGCUACAAAAGAAUGAUUUCAAAACUAGAAAACACGAAAAAUAUGGAUCUUUAUUACACACUGCGACGUAUGCUGGUAAUUCUGAGCUGGUUUUAUUUCUACUUGUUUAUGGCAUCGAUGCUAAUCUGAUCGCCCAUUUUGAGAUAUUUCAUGGUUAUGAUAAACACCUCAAUACAAGUCCUCUGCACAUUGCAAGUAAAAAAGGACAUCUUGAAAUUGCUAAACUUCUCCUCGAUAGAUCUUCAUAUGUGAAUCUUCAGGAUGAAGAAAAAAGAACACCUCUCCACUAUGCAAGUGAAAAUGGUCACUUAGAAAUUACUAAACUCCUCCUCGAAAGAUCUGCAGAUGUGGAUCAUCAGGAUAAAAAUAAUAGAACACCUCUCCACUAUGCAAGUGGAAAUGGGCAUUUAGAAAUUGUUAAACUUCUUCUCGAUAGAUCUGCAAAUGUGGAUCAUCAGGAUGAAAAUAAAAAAACACCUCUCAAUUAUGCAAGUGAAAAUAGGCAUUUAGAAAUUAUUAAACUUCUUCUCGAUCGAUCUGCAAAUGUGGAUCAUGAGGAUAAAAAUAAUAGAACACCUCUCCACUAUGCAAGUGGAAAUGGGCAUUUAGAAAUUGUUAAACUUCUUCUCGAUAGAUCUGCAAAUGUGGAUCAUCACGAUGAAAAUAAUAGAACACCUCUUCACUAUGCAAGUGAAAAUGGGCAUUUAGAAAUGGUUAAACUUCUUCUCGAUAGAUCUGCAAAUGUGGAUCAUCAGGAUGAAGUAAAAAGAACACCUCUCCACUAUGCAAGUGAAAAUGGGCAUCUAGAAGUUGCUAAACUUCUUCUCGAUGGUUCCGCAAAUGUGGAUCAUCAGGAUGAAAAUAAAAAAACACCUCUCCACUAUGCAAUUGUAAAUGGGCAUCUAGCCAUUGCUAAACUUCUUCUCGAUAGAUCUGCCAAUGUAGAUCAUCAGGAUGAAGAAAAAAGAACAUCUCUCCACUAUGCAAGUGAAAAUGGGCAUCUUGAAAUUGCUGAACUUCUCCUCAAUGAAUUUGUCAAUGUGGAUCAUCAGGAUGAAAAUAAAAAAACACCUCUCCACUAUGCAAGUAAAAAUGGGCAUUUAGAAAUUGCUAAACUUUUCCUCGAUCGAUCUGCAAAUGUGGAUCAUCAGGAUGAAAAUAAUAGAACUCCCCUCCACUAUGCAAGUGAAAAUGGGCAUCUAGAAGUUGCUAAACUUCUUCUCGAUAGUUCCGCAAAUGUGGAUCAUCAGGAUGAAAAUAAAAAAACACCUCUCCAUUAUGCAAGUGAAAAUGGACAUUUAGAAAUUGUUGAACUUCUUCUCGAUAGAUCUUCAUAUGUGAAUCUUCAGGAUGAAGAAAAAAGAACACCUCUCCACUAUGCAAGUAAAACUGGGCACUUAGAAAUUACUAAACUCCUCCUCGAAAGAUCUGCAGAUGUGGAUCAUCAGGAUAAAAAUAAUAGAACACCUCUCUACUAUGCAAGUGAAAAUGGGCAUCUUGACAUUGCUAAACUUCUUCUCGAUAGAUCUGCAAAUGUGGAUCAUCAGGAUGAAAAUAAAAAAACACCUCUCCAUUAUGCAAGUGAAAAUGGACAUCUUGACAUUGCUAAACUUCUUCUCGAUAGAUCUGCAAAUGUGGAUCAUCAGGAUGAAAAUAAAAAAACACCACUCCAUUAUGCAAGUGAAAAUAGGCAUUUAGAAAUUAUUAAACUUCUUCUCGAUCGAUCUGCAAAUGUGGAUCAUCAGGAUGAAGUAAAAAGAACACCUCUCCACUAUGCAAGUGAAAAUGGGCAUCUAGAAGUUGCUAAACUUCUUCUCGAUGGUUCCGCAAAUGUGGAUCAUCAGGAUGAAAAUAAAAAAACACCUCUCCACUAUGCAAUUGUAAAUGGGCAUCUAGCCAUUGCUAAACUUCUUCUCGAUAGAUCUGCCAAUGUAGAUCAUCAGGAUGAAGAAAAAAGAACAUCUCUCCACUAUGCAAGUGAAAAUGGGCAUCUUGAAAUUGCUGAACUUCUCCUCAAUGAAUUUGUCAAUGUGGAUCAUCAGGAUGAAAAUAAAAAAACACCUCUCCACUAUGCAAGUAAAAAUGGGCAUUUAGAAAUUGCUAAACUUUUCCUCGAUCGAUCUGCAAAUGUGGAUCAUCAGGAUGAAAAUAAUAGAACUCCCCUCCACUAUGCAAGUGAAAAUGGGCAUCUAGAAGUUGCUAAACUUCUUCUCGAUAGUUCCGCAAAUGUGGAUCAUCAGGAUGAAAAUAAAAAAACACCUCUCCAUUAUGCAAGUGAAAAUGGACAUUUAGAAAUUGUUGAACUUCUUCUCGAUAGAUCUUCAUAUGUGAAUCUUCAGGAUGAAGAAAAAAGAACACCUCUCCACUAUGCAAGUAAAACUGGGCACUUAGAAAUUACUAAACUCCUCCUCGAAAGAUCUGCAGAUGUGGAUCAUCAGGAUAAAAAUAAUAGAACACCUCUCUACUAUGCAAGUGAAAAUGGGCAUCUUGACAUUGCUAAACUUCUUCUCGAUAGAUCUGCAAAUGUGGAUCAUCAGGAUGAAAAUAAAAAAACACCUCUCCAUUAUGCAAGUGAAAAUGGACAUCUUGACAUUGCUAAACUUCUUCUCGAUAGAUCUGCAAAUGUGGAUCAUCAGGAUGAAAAUAAAAAAACACCACUCCAUUAUGCAAGUGAAAAUGGACAUUUAAAAAUUGUUGAACUUCUUCUCGAUAGAUCUGCAAAUGUGGAUCAUCAGGAUGAAGAAAAAAGAACACCUCUCCACCAUGCAAGUGAAAAUGGGCAUUUAGAAAUUGUUAAACUUCUUCUCGAUAGAUCUGCAAAUGUGGAUCAUCAGGAUGAAAAUAAAAAAACACCUCUCCAUUAUGCAAGUGAAAAUGGACAUUUAGAAAUUGUUGAACUUCUUCUCGAUAGAUCUGCAAAUGUGGAUCAUCACGAUGAAAAUAAUAGAACACCUCUUCACUAUGCAAGUGAAAACGGGCAUCUUGAAAUUGCUAAACUUCUCCUCUAUAGAUCUGCAAAUGUGGAUCGUCAGGAUGAAGAAAAAAGAACUCCUCUCUACUAUGCAAGUGAAAAUAGGCAUCUAGAAAUUGCUAAAGUUCUUCUCGAUGGUUCUGCAAAUGUGGAUCAUCAGGAUGAAAAUAAAAGAACACCUCUCCACUAUGCAAGUGUAAAUGGGCAUCUAGCCAUUGCUAAACUUCUUCUCGAUAGAUCUGCCAAUGUAGAUCAUCAGGAUGAAGAAAAAAGAACAUCUCUCCACUAUGCAAGUGAAAAUGGGCAUCUUGAAAUUGCUGAACUUCUCCUCAAUGAAUUUGUCAAUGUGGAUCAUCAGGAUGAAAAUAAAAAAACACCUCUCCACUAUGCAAGUAAAAAUGGGCAUCUAGCCAUUGCUAAACUUCUUCUCGAUAGAUCUGCAAAUGUGGAUCAUCAGGAUGAAAAUAAAAAAACACCUCUCCAUUAUGCAAGUGAAAAUGGACAUCUUGACAUUGCUAAACUUCUUCUCGAUAGAUCUGCAAAUGUGGAUCAUCAGGAUGAAAAUAAAAAAACACCACUCCAUUAUGCAAGUGAAAAUGGACAUUUAAAAAUUGUUGAACUUCUUCUCGAUAGAUCUGCAAAUGUGGAUCAUCAGGAUGAAGAAAAAAGAACACCUCUCCACCAUGCAAGUGAAAAUGGGCAUUUAGAAAUUGUUAAACUUCUUCUCGAUAGAUCUGCAAAUGUGGAUCAUCAGGAUGAAAAUAAAAAAACACCACUCCAUUAUGCAAGUGAAAAUGGACAUUUAGAAAUUGUUGAACUUCUUCUCGAUAGAUCUGCAAAUGUGGAUCAUCACGAUGAAAAUAAUAGAACACCUCUUCACUAUGCAAGUGAAAACGGGCAUCUUGAAAUUGCUAAACUUCUCCUCUAUAGAUCUGCAAAUGUGGAUCGUCAGGAUGAAGAAAAAAGAACUCCUCUCUACUAUGCAAGUGAAAAUAGGCAUCUAGAAAUUGCUAAAGUUCUUCUCGAUGGUUCUGCAAAUGUGGAUCAUCAGGAUGAAAAUAAAAAAACGCCUCUCCACUAUGCAAGUGAAAAUGGGCAUCUAGAAGUUGCUAAACUUCUUCUCGAUGGUUCCGCAAAUGUGGAUCAUCAGGAUGAAAAUAAAAAAACACCUCUCCACUAUGCAAGUGUAAAUGGGCAUCUUGAAAUUGCUGAACUUCUCCUCAAUGAAUUUGUCAAUGUGGAUCAUCAGGAUGAAAAUAAAAAAACACCUCUCCACUAUGCAAGUAAAAAUGGGCAUUUAGAAAUUGCUAAACUUUUCCUCGAUCGAUCUGCAAAUGUGGAUCAUCAGGAUGAAAAUAAUAGAACUCCCCUCCACUAUGCAAGUGAAAAUGGGCAUCUAGAAGUUGCUAAACUUCUUCUCGAUAGUUCCGCAAAUGUGGAUCAUCAGGAUGAAAAUAAAAAAACACCUCUCCACUAUGCAAGUGUAAAUGGGCAUCUAGAAGUUGCUAAACUUCUUCUCGAUAGUUCCGCAAAUGUGGAUCAUCAGGAUGAAAAUAAAAAAACACCUCUCCACUAUGCAAGUGUAAAUGGGCAUCUAGCCAUUGCUAAACUUCUUCUCGAUAGAUCUGCCAAUGUAGAUCAUCAGGAUGAAGAAAAAAGAACAUCUCUCCACUAUGCAAGUGAAAAUGGGCAUCUUGAAAUUGCUGAACUUCUCCUCAAUGAAUUUGUCAAUGUGGAUCAUCAGGAUGAAAAUAAAAAAACACCUCUCCACUAUGCAAGUAAAAAUGGGCAUUUAGAAAUUGCUAAACUUCUCCUCGAUCGAUCUGCAAAUGUGGAUCAUCAGGAUGAAAAUAAUAGAACACCUCUCCACUAUGCAAGUAAAAAUGGGCAUUUAGAAAUAGCUAAACUUCUCCUUGGUCCUUCUGCAUCAUGAUGAAAGAGAUCACAAUAUUGAAAAACAAUCUAGAAAGCAACGCUAAUCGGUCUGUAAUCAUAUUUGAUGGUUUCGAUUAGAUUACUUUUUAUUUGGUAUUUGUAAAGGCGAACGUCAUGGCAGUGCUGUGAUAAAUAUUCGAUUAAUUAAGUGUAAAAUUGUGCUUGUGCUAUACCACGAAUAGAUCCUACGUGUAGUGAUGUCCGAUUUUCCCAACUAAUCGAUUAUUUACUAAUCGAUUAGUUUUUUUUUUAUUGAUUGUAGUCAACACCGAUUAAUCUGCGUGAAAUAAUCGAUUAAUCAAAUAAUCGAUUAAUUUUAACACUACCAACGUCUCUAAGAAGGUGUUUUUACUAGCUGUAGAUUAUACAUCCUUGAUUCAUGGGUAAAUUAUUGUUUCGAGAUAUAAUAAUUCAAUAAAAUACACUUUUACUCUUUAAUGCUUAUUAACAUUCUUAUUAGAGAUAUAGUGAGAAAAAAGACAACUUGCAUCUUUACGACGAAUUGAUUAUGUCUUUGGACUGCAAUAUCAUUGUCUAAAAAAUAAUACUUACUCAAACCGAACAUCUUCUCCAACAGAUUGUAGGAAUAGUAUCUAGUUGAGAUGCGGGCCAGACAAACAGUUUUUAAUUAAUCAUUUUGUCAGGCUUCUGCAUUCAUUUUCCAUCAGAUGUCACUGCUGUUGUUUGCGGUGACAUCUAACGGAAACUACGCAUAAUAUGUUUUCCGUUCAUUGUUCACAGAAGACAGUGCAGUGCAAAACUUUGACUUUAAAUGAUCUAUAUUUCUUGAAUUUGUGUGGUUUACAUGUACAACUUAUCAAGUGACACAUAUGCGUCUUUUCAACUUUAGUUCCUUUGAAAUUUCAAUUAUUAUUAAUUACAGUUCCUAGUCCUAUCAGGUCUGUUUUAGAGAAUGACUAUUUAUGACUACUAUUUACAACUACAACUAACCUACAACUACUAUAUACACCUAAUCUACUAUAUACAAAUUGCUUAUUAGAGCAUGUUCUGAUAAAAUACAUUUUUGUGAAAAUUUAGUCUUAAUUUUGUUAAUUCUGGAAUCUAUUUUGGCAAUGCCUGCCUCUUCGUGUAAAUUUGUUAUUCUAGUGUCAAAAGGACGAUCAAGAACCAUCCUCAGCACUCUAUUCUGAGUGACCUGAAUUUUGUUCCUGUGAGUCUUUGCACAUGAUUCCCACACCGGAGCUGCGUAGAGGAUCGCAGGUGCUAUAAUUUGUUUGUAGACAGCCAGUUUGUUUACCCUUGAGAGGCGGGAUCUACGGCUAAUCAGCAGAUACAGACACCUAACCAAGGCGGAACACUUGAUUACGGUUUUCUCCACAUGUGAGCGAAAUAGGAGCUUUUCAUCAAACAACAUCCCGAGAUAGGUUACUUCGGCAGACCACUCAACCCUUGUGCCAUCCAUGAUUACAGUACAAGAUGGAGCUGCUUUUAGUUUGGGCGAUUGCCGAUGGAGAAACAUGAUUGUUUAUGUUUUGGAGGCAUUGAUUUUGGUUUACCACGUGGUGGCGCAUAAUCAGCAAAGGCGUUAAGGCAUCGUUGAAGUUUGUUCGUUAUUUCGUGAGGCAUAUCCUACGCAGGUGUGGAAGCUGCCUUCCUGCAAAUUCGAUUGCCGUCUAUGGAUGGCAAUCGAUGUCCGUUGGUGAUUGAAACUAGAUUGCGGAACAGAGACCGACGUUAAAUAAAGGACAGAAGAAGAAGAAGAAGAAGAAGAAGAAGAAGAAGAAGAAGAAGAAGAAGAAUGAGUAGUAGUAGUAGUAGUAGUAUUAGUAGUAGAAGAAUAAGAAGAAGGAGAAGAAGAAGAAGAAGAAGAAGAAGAAGAAGAAUAAGAAUACCUUUGCUGGAGGUAGUUACGGGUGAUUUUAACCAGAUGUAAUGGGAAGUUGAAGUUACAAAGCUUGUACACAAGUCCGUCAUGCCAAACAUUGUCAAACGCCAAGCAACAAACUUACCCCUCACAGGAACUUGUCGAGCGUAUGCCUCGUCAGCCACGGUUAUGGCUUGGAGGAGUCCCUCCAAUGCUAGGUCGAUGUCCUACACGGUGUUAAGCGGCGGGUUGUCGAUGAUGUGUCUGUCUACCACGCGUGGGCCCAGUUUACGCGUUGGUACUCCUUGUGCAGACGUGGAGCAGGGGCCACGUUGUAGCCCAGUUCAGCCUCCACCGGUUGGUGGUCGGAGCUGAGUUCGUUCAAGGCUACCGGCUUGGACAAGCUGGUAUUUGACAGGAACAGGUCUAGCGUCGAUGGGUUGCCGCCGGUGAGAUGAAUGUUGGCUCAUUCGAAAACCAAACGGAGUACAGCCCAUGCUGCGAGUGGUCGAACAGCAGACAACCGUUCUGGUUCUGCUGGUAGUUCCGCCAGGCCUCAUGGCGAGCAUUUAGAUCUCCUCCAACUACGAAGCGGGAACCGGUAUGGGUGAUGGUGGACAGGUCCUUCUUGAAUUUAGCCGCUAGUCCACUGCUGGCGGCACACUGUCGAGGGCAGUAGACGGCGAUGAACUGGACGUAUCCAGUCGACGACUCCACCUCCACACCAAGGGCCUCGAUGAUAGUGGUGCGG